CAGGAUCCCCCCACAUGAGGCACGUUGGGAUUGCCCACAGUCCAGCUGUGCACAGAGUCAGAAUCCAUGGAGCAGGAACUCAGCCAGGUGUCAGAUUCUGUGGCAAAGAAAUGUUCUGAGAGCUACACAACAGAGAUACUGUAAAUGUUGUUUCCACUCCAUUCUGCCCCUGGCCCAGCUUUCUCAGAGCCACUAAAGACAGAGUUCCACAUGGAGGAAUUUGUUCCCACCACUUAACGAGGUUUACACACUGUUGACAUGCAGAUUCCCUCCUCUGAUAGAACAGCCACUCCAGCUUUCCUGUAAAACCAACAGAUUCUGGAGAGCAGCUAUAAAAGGAGAAUCUUCAGCUGCAGUCCUGUGCUGAGCACAGCCCUGCUCAGCCCACCCUGCUCCAGCACUUUUCACCACCUGUAAUGUACCUGACACCUGCAAAGGAGCCCUUCCCACUCCAGUGCUCACCUGACCACCAUUCCCUUACUGAGGGGCCGAACAAACCUGGCAGUUGUUUAUUUUGGUCCAUAGGAGGUCUCUGCUAGGAAAGAUUCCUCUUGGAAUACUUUUGGAAGGAGUGUUGACAGCCUGGAUUUCAUUGAGCCACUAACAGCCACUUGGCUGAGGUGCAGCAGAUGAGAACCUUCUGAAAUCAGCUGGCAAUUUAAAAGAAUCAGUGAGAGCAGAGGGGAAGGGGAUUGUGGGAGGCAUCCCUUCAAGGAGCCACUGCUGGCCACUGGUAGAAGGAGGUGUGUUUUCCCUACAGAGUUGCUGGGAAAUUCCUGAGCUGCUGAACAUCGUCCCUGUCGGGACCUACUCGUCUCACCUUGUGGAAUACAGACCCCAUCUCUGGCACAUCAGAAACCUUCCCCCUGGGAGAGGCUGGAGAAUACAGCCAGCUGCCCAAGUGCCAGCCCUUGUCCUUCAUGCUCAUCUCAAGGGGGAGGGCUUGGCCCUGAGUUCUGAAAUGCUUCAAAUACAUUCUCGUUGCCACAGAGUUCAGGACAGGAGAGACCCAGGGAAAGAAGGAACAGGAAUGUACAUGUCAUCAUGUUCCAUGACUGGUAAAUCUUUCAACAACUCAUCCAAUGAGGCAAGGAGGCAAAGGUUGAAACUCAGCAAUCCACUCCAGUCGGUGUUUCUGCCGUCACAAAGCCGUGAGUGCAGGAGACGGCACUGGGAGAAACGGGGAGACAGGAUCAGCUUAGCUGGGAACAGGGAUUGUUCAGCCACUGGCAGCUCCCCAUGGCUGUUUCUCACUGGCUCCUCACACCUGUGCUCUUCCUGCUGCCCCUCAUGACACGAGUUUCAGCACAGCAGCAAGGAUGUUCUGUCAGUGACAGGAACCCGAAAGUUCCUGAAAAUAACUCCCCUAACUACGUGGUGACCACCAUCCACGUGGAGCCAGGGUUCACCGUCGCCAUCGACCCCCGCUACCCCGACGGCAGGUUCUUCGCCAUCCAGGAGGCUGAGCUGCUGCUCACCGAGUCGGUGGACUAUGAGGAAAACCCCCUGCUGGUGGUGAGCUUGAUCUGUGAGGACUCUGCUGGCCAGAGCGAUUCUUUGGAAAUCUUUGUCACCAUCCUCAAUGAAAAUGACAACGAUCCGCAGUUUCCACAGCCGAAUCUCACCAAGUUUGUCCGAGAAGACACAGAGGUGAAUGCAACCGUUGUGGCCCGUGAAGAUUUAAGCGCUACCGAUGCUGACCUGGACAUCAUCUACUAUGAACUCACAGCCACAGUGCAGGGCACAGACGGUUAUUUUGCCAUAAAAGGAGUUAAUAACCCUGAAAUUUAUUUACAAAAAGCACUGGACUAUGAUAAAUUUCAGUCGACAAGGUUGCUGUUGUAUGCAAGGGACAGGCCUGUGGGCAGCACUGACCUCACCAGAACAGCCACUGCAACAAUAACCAUCCUGAUCACACAAGCAGACACCAGAGCACCCUGGUUCCUGCCCUGUGCCCUCCUCCACAACGACACCAGCGUCUGCGUCAGCAGCCCCUACUCUGGGACCGUCAACAUCUCGGAGAUGGCGGUGGAGCCACUGAUCCUGAGACCAGGUCCCAUCUAUGCCAUUGAUCCUGACUUCAGCAUAAACGAGAAGAUCUUGUACAGCAUCGUUGGGGGGAAUACAGAUGAAGUGUUCUCAGUGGACGCAGACACAGGGAAUCUCACUAUGAACAAAAUAGUGACUUCCCCAGACUCCUUCCUCUUGCAAGUCAUGGCCACCCAGGCCGACAAUGUCCGGAAAUACUCGGUAGCCACUGUAGAGAUAAAGGUCAUCAACAAGAGCCUUUAUCCCCCCCACUUCGAGAGGGGGCUCUACAAUGGCACCGUGGCGGUUGGGCUGCCCCCCAGGAGCUUCGUCUUCCAGGCUGGAGAUCCUUCCACCCCCCUGAGCAUCACGGCGGCUGAUGAGGAUUUCCCUGAUAAAUUCAACCCAAACAUUGAGUACUACAUCAAGAACAGCACCGACUUCACAGCGACCAGAGAUGGACUCAUCCUGACCAACGUGGUGCUGCAGUCCCCAGGAACUGUGUUCAUCGAGGCUGUUGGAAAAGAUGUGUUGAGCCAGCAGGAGGCAAGCACUGUAAUUGAGGUGGAGGUCCUGCCAGCCACAGCUGUAACCCCCUCUGAUAAGAUCUACUCUGCUCAGGACAUGGCUAUCCUAGGGGGCACCUUAGCAGCACUGCUCUUAAUUGCCUUGGUCUUCCUUGGAGUGCUGGUAUGGAAAUCCAGUAAAUGGUAUGGAAAACCUGUCAAACACCUGCUGAAGAAGAAGCUCUCCAAGGAAAUCUCUGGGGGUCACCACAACGAAUAUUACCAGGAAUAUGAAUACCCAGACGUGAGCACCAUACAGGAUCAGACAUCAGAAAACGGCAGUGUCCAGUCUGAGACCAGUGUGCCAGAGCAGCUGGCACCUCCCUCACCCUCCCACGAUGCAGGGGAAACUGAGAGUCUCUCUAGGGCUUCUACAGCUUCCAGCACCACCUCCAACCAGGGAGAUAAAGAGGAAAAAGAGGAAGAAGAGACUGGACAGGAGAAAGAGGUGAAGUCCAUCCUGAAGACAGACAGGCACGUGGCAGACGAUGGCUACAAAGCUGUGUGGUUUAAGACCGAUGUGGAUCCAGAGGCUGGAGAGAGGGUUGAAGUGAUUGAGAACCAUGCAGCAGCAGAUGAUGAUGAUGAUGAUGAUGACAGUGACCAAGAUCUGCAGAAGAAUGAGGAGGAGGAAGAAGAUUCUGACCCAGAUGAGCAGCACGGAGGGCUGGGAGUGUCCUUUGCCUCAGAGAGCUCCCCAUCCCCAGCUGCAGAGGAGACAGUCAACGUGUCUUAUACAGAUGCAGGGACAGGAGAUGACACUGAAUUAUAAUGGAAAUGGGCCUACAUACCCCCCAAAAUGGGGGAAUCUCAGCAGCUUUGCUGGCAUGAAGCUCAUCUUUCUGCUCAGGCAGCAAACUGGAAUGCAGAGGAUGAGGUUGCCUACCCUGCCUGUCUGAAUGCAGCAAAUAAGGCCAGAGGAGAUUACAGCUGAUUUACCCCUUUAGUGAGACCUUGGGACAUCACUUAAGAUUUGAGCUGGGGAACAUGUUUCAUCUCUCCACUUCCUGCCUGUUUCCCUGGGUCCCUUUCCAUCACCUUUCCCAAACUGGCUGCAGGUCCAGCAGAGCUGUACGUGAACUGACCUGGCAGCCCAGGUGUGACCGUAGCCCAGCUCGGGGAGCAGUUUAGUUACACAGUGCAGUGUUCAUCUCCUUAGUGGGUGAAUAAGUGCUUGGCUGUUCCCUUCAGGGUGUUACAGUUUGGUGUCAGCAAGUCCCCCUGAGCCUGCAGUUGUUCUUGUGACUGUAUCCAGGAGCUCACUUCAGGGCCUGGCUCUGCUCUGUGCUCCAGCUGGAAUGUGCCACCACAGUCCUCAUCCUGCCACCAGCCAGGAGGUUCUACACUCAGGAGCUGCUGUGUCCUCUGUCACUGGUUAACAAGCACUGAUCACAUGUUCUUUACUGAAGGACUUUGUCAUCAAUUUUCUGUGCCAUAAACCCGCUCAUUGUGCACUAUUUUAACUGUCUAUCACGAUCUGUCAGGGAAAAGAGCUUCUGAGGUAUUGCCUUCAGGCAUGGCCCUGAAAGUCAGCACUGUGUUUCCAGGUAGCAGGGGGAGGAAGGUGUUUGAUGCUGCUGUCCAGAUUUGCAUCUCCCAUCGACCCCUCUCUUCCCCCAACUGGCAGCCAAAGGCUGGGCUGGUCUCCACUGGCAUCUUCUGAUCAUCUGCACA